GGCGGUAGCAACGCUAACGAAGCCACUCCAUCCCCAACCUCACCCCAGGGUCCCAUGAAUCAUGAGGGCUGGGGUCUAGUACGGAACAUGACUUGGUUGGAGAUUUGGCUGUCGGAACCGCAAGAUCUCUCGCUUGUGCCUGAAAAUGUACUUGCUGGCUACGAAAUCUUGUUAUUUCAAGAUCGGCCUUUGAGGUUGCAACACAGUGCACAAGAUAGCCACAUUAUUACAGUACGAUGGCUAAAAUAAUCACCAUAGGCCACCUCGUUAUGGCCAGCAAGGAGGCCAGGGACACAGUCAUUAAAGUCUUUGAAGAAAUCGUGGACUAUUCGAGCGCCAACGAGCCCGGCGUGACGAUGUAUGCUAUAACAGUACCAACGCACGACGAUGGAACGACAAUAUACAUGAUUGAAGAGUACGCUGACAAGGCGACAUCCGAUGCACAUAUAGCCAGUCAGCCUGUACAGAAACUGAUAAAUCUCUUCACAACGGAGCCAGUGCUGGCUGGAGCACCGACAGUCUAUCAACUUGAACCAGUGUACUCAUUUCUGAAGCCAGAAAUCACAAAAGUGACGGAUCCACACAUCAUCUUUGCCAACAUCGCACAUAAAGCUGGUGGUGCCGAGCAGUCGUUGACACAGUGGAAGGAAGUCAUUUCGACACUAGAAAGUGAUGAACAAGGCGCGCUGGCAUUUGCGUUGUGUAAGGAAGAGGCCGACACGGACAGACUACACACGGUAGAGGUCUAUGAAAGUAAGGUAGAAGACUCCGUCGCCAAAACGAAAGACCUGGGAUCGAGUCUGGUUCACGUGUCUUUGAAAAUGAUCGGUGGCUUUCUCCAUAGAUAGUUGCACAACGACAUGCAACCUUUCCAGUGUCCAUGUCGGUCGCAGACAAAUGUACCGAGCAAUCUCUCUGGCAGACAUGCGAUUGCGGUAACGAUACGAGGCGCCAGGGGUCAAGGG